CUGUGAGCCUCUCUGUGUGCUGCAGAGGAAGGCAGCAUGGCGUAGAGCAGCAGCCACCUUCAAUGUUUCUGCAGCUUACCAACUUAGCAAAAAUGACACUCUUUGUCCAUUUCCUCAAAUAGUAGAGUCAGAACAACCAGGUAGAAGUUUGCGUCCUCCAGUAUAUCUGGGUGUACAAUGGAGCCCGUCAUGCGUCAGGUUCGGCAGAGAGUUUUCCAUCGCCUCCACAGAGCCCUGAUUCUUCCAAAGAGGAACCAUUCAGGCUGUGCUGAGAAAGCAGCUGCCCCCCCCUCCACUCACUCCAGACGUAUCAAACCCACACUCCUGGUGUCUCGACUCUACCAGCCUUCAAACCUGCAUGAUUUCGGACAGGACAGCCGGCUGCCAGGAGAGAUGACCUGUAAGAGCCAGAGACUCAUGCAGCAGGCUGGUCUUAUUCACCCGUCCAACCCAGGCUGCUACUACUACCUUCCUGCCACCGUCCGCUCCAUGGAGAAGCUGGUGAGAGUGAUCGACCAGGAGAUGCAUGGGAUUGGUGGCCAGAAGCUGGACAUGCCCAGUUUGUGUUCAGCUGACCUCUGGAAGACCAGUGAGCGCUGGGACUUGAUGGGGAAAGAACUGUUCCGUCUGAAAGACCGACACGGUGCCGACUACUGCCUGGGUCCCACGCAUGAGGAGGCGGUGACGACUCUCGUUGCUCACCAGGCGAAUCUCUCCUACAAGCAGCUUCCUCUGCUUCUUUACCAAAUCACCCGCAAAUUCAGAGAUGAGCCGAAGCCCAAAUUCGGUCUUCUUCGAGGGAGGGAGUUUUACAUGAAGGACAUGUACUCGUUCGAUGUGAGUGAAGAAGCUGCUUAUGAGACCUAUGAGUCUGUGUGCAGCGCAUACACCCAGCUCUUCACCAGGUUGGGACUGCGAUGCGUUCAGGUGCAGGCAGACACUGGAAACAUCGGUGGUAAACUCUCCCAUGAGUUCCAGCUGCCAGCAGACAUCGGAGAGGACCGACUUCUGGUCUGUGGAGGUUGCUCCUUCUCUGCUAACGUAGAGACCCUCGCCUCAGAUAGGACUGACUGUCCACAGUGCAAAACUGGCACACUGGUAGAGUCAAAGGGUAUAGAAGUAGGCCACACCUUCUACCUGGGUAAGAAGUACUCCCAUAUAUUCAACGCUACCUUCAGCAACGCCCAGAACAAGCAGAGUGUUGCUGAGAUGGGAUGCUUUGGUCUUGGGGUGACACGAAUUCUUGCUGCAGCCAUCGAGGUGAUGUCAACAGAAGAGGGGAUUCGCUGGCCAGGUCUAAUCGCCCCGUAUCAGGUCUGUGUUUUACCCCCUAAGAAGGGCAGCAAGGUGGACGAGGCGGCAGUUUUAGCAGAAGAACUGGUUCACACUUUGGGAGAGAAUCUGCCUGGUUUGAGAGGUGAAGUUGUUCUGGACGAUCGUACGCAGAUGACCAUUGGAAAGAGGCUGAAGGAUGCCGGCAGCCUGGGCUACCCGUACGUUAUUGUAGUCGGACAAGGAGCUCUGGAGGAAACACCCAGGUUUGAGGUGAUCUUUCAGCAGACAGGAGAGACGAUGUUUCUCAGCAAAGAUGGAUUGUUAGAUCUACUGGGAAGAGUAGAAACUGUGUAAGUGACAUUUCUGACUGUGGACAUAAAUGUUUGUAUGUGUUUGAGCUUUGUGUGAGGUGAUGGGCAAAGAAUAUUGAAUACUUAUUCACUUUGCAAAGUAUGAAGCCUUUAAUUUCCACACUGGUUGAAACUGUGGAAACGGUGGUUGUAUAAUGGAUGUGUGAUUUUAAAAUGCUUUGAUUCCUGUCAUGUCUUUCAUGUUCUAGUGCAAAUAAAAAAUAUGAGCAUAUUGA